AUGAUAGAGGACGAACUGGCACUAUUUGAUAAAAGCAUAAAUGAACUUUGGAAUAAACUCAAAAGUGUUGUCAGUGACACCUCCUGUCAGAUGGUGGGGCUAAGAGAUACCUACAAGGACUCUAUUAAAGCAUUUGCAGAAAAGUUGUCUAUGAAGUUAAAGGAAGAAGACCAAAUGGUUGAGAUGUUUCUGGAAUAUCAAAAUCAGAUCUGCCAGCAGAAUCAGCGCAUUCAGGAAAAAAAAGAUAACUUGUUAAAGUUGAUUGCUGAAGUAAAAUGCAAAAAGCAAGAAAUGGAAGUAUUGACUGCAAAUAUCCAGGAUCUUAAAGAAGAAUAUGCAAAGAAGGAAACUAUUUCCACUGCUAACAAAGCUAAUGAAGAGAGGUUGAAAAGGCUGCAGAAAUCUGCAGACUUACAUAAAGAUCGACUUGGACUAGAAAUUCGAAAAAUUUAUGGUGAUAAAUUACAGUUUAUAUUCACUAAUAUUGAUCUUAAGCAUCCUGAGAAUCCAUAUAUGUUUUCUCUGCGCCUGAAUGAAGCAAGGGACUACCAAGUGUCAGAUAGUGCUCCGUAUCUUGAACACCUAGCAGAAUUUCAAGAGAAUGUAAGGAAGACCAAUAAUUUUUCAGCUUUUCUUGCCAAUGUCCGGAAAACCUUUACUUCUAUGGUUUGUAAUUAAUGUAUAAAUAGUAUAUAAAAA